AUGGAAAUUUACCGUUUGCACGAGAAAAAGAAAUCGUUGCUCUCCAGUAUAGUUAGGCUAAAAUCUGAUCCCAACUUUACUCUGAAUGAUAAAGUUAACGAGAGUGACAUCAUUAAUAUUAGUGACGUCAUGGUCGAUGACGUCACCAAAGUUGGCGACGAUAACAAUACUGACCUGAUUGAUUCAGUCCAACGGCCAUCCAUGAAGGAUUCUGCGGUCAGUGAUUCCGCUAGUGGAUCAUUAGGUACUGAUUGGGUGAAAAAGAUACACAAUCCGCUCGUAAAGACACCCUCCAGGGACGAAGAGGUACAAGUGAAUAUGAGCAGAGAGGAUGUUUAUGGAAUGUUGGGGUUCUUGCAACGCGAUCUUGACAAGCUACGAACAGCCUUGGAUCAGAAGGGGAGUGCUAGGAGUAAGGUGGAGAAAGAUGAUGACAGCAAUGUUCACGGUGAGUACUUUAUUCAUGCUGGAUAGUUCUUUCAGUUCUAAACUGUUCUUCCUAGAGAUCAAGUAAAGAUCAUUGAUCGAUCCAGUGUUACUACAGGAGGGAACCCAAAGUAAACUAACUUUAUAUAUAUACUGGAUAGCUAUUUCAGUUCUAAACUGUCCUUCCUAAAAAUCAAUUAAGGAUUAUCUCUUAUUGAUCCAGUGUUACUACAAGAGGAAACCUAAACUAAACUAACUUUAUUUAUACUGGAAUCAUGUAGCUCUAUCAGUUCUAAACUGUUCUUUUUAGAGGUCCAGUAAGAAUCAUCUCUUAUUGAUCCAGUGUUACUACAGGGGGAAACCUAAACUAAACUACUGUAACUUUAUUUAUACUGGAUAGCUUUUUCAGUUCUAAAUUGUUCUCCCUAGCUAGUGUCAAACUCGAGGUUCUCUUCUUGUCUAAUUAGACAACGGUAUAUUGCAGUAAUAUAUAAUACAACCCAAACUCUUAUCGCUCAACUCAUGCAUGGGACAAAGUCAGCUUGUCUGCAGACAAGAUGCGAAGACUAGACUAAUUGUACCAAACUGAUUUUCUUAUUUUUCCAAAUCUAAACACUUGUCCUCGCCAAAAUUCAGUGCAAACGGUUGAACAGCUAAGCAAGGAAUUAAAAGAUCUUGGUCAUCACACUCGUGUACUGGAGGAAAGAUUACAAGAGAGUGAAUCGAUUAGAUGCGAUCUACGCCGUACUAUCUCCAUAGCAACGGAUAUGGCGACAGAAGAGCGACAGAAAUGCGAGGAACUGACGAGAACAAAGGCCGCACUCGAGAAGGAGAUGUUAAAACUAGCGAGAGAAAAUCGCGACCUGCGCGAGGGACUUGAGACUUUGUCACACGCGAGGAAACGACGAAACUCGCGUCCUCCUCGCGCGAGUUUCUCGAGUGAUACCCACGAAGAUAAUGCAUGUCGCGUAAUGUAUCUGCCCCGAGCCAAAGCUCGUAAAAUUUCGGAAAGCGAGUUCUCUGAUUUGGAAAGCCCCGUGGUUAAGUCAAAAAGCUUUCCUCGUACUGCGUGA